CGUUCCUCGGGCUAGAACUAGACUAGCUGGCGGCAGCUGGCGGGUGCCUCCGCCUUACGAGAUCGUGCAUCUCCGCGGACGCGGAGUCCAUGAAGGCGUGCGCUUGCGCGAACAUCGUAGACUUCCCGUCGUGAGCUUGUCAAGAUGUCAGCAGGUAAGGGGACUUGGUAGACCGAGGUGGCAGACAUAUAAGCUCGUCCAUGGGCCGUAGUUGUUCUCACUCCAAGCACGAUGCGUUUCCUCUCCCUCCUUGUUUUGGCUUACACCGCGUUCGCUGCGCCAACCCCCUCGGCGGAGCAGCGUGACCUCGAGGCCCGCGAGGCAUCGGUCGCCUGGGCUCCCAGCUUCAAGAACUACAACGACUGGAACUGCAAGAGCACCGACAAGCCCCCCGUCGUCCUCCUCCACGGUCUUACUGCGCGCAGCACCGUCAACUGGAUCAAGAUCGGUAGUGCGCUUGCGGCAGAUGGCUACUGCGUCUUCACCCCGCAAUAUGCCACUAAGCUGCUCGUGUUUUUCGGCUUCGACUCCAUCAAUACCGGGUCCCGCGAGGUCGCCGACUUCGUUCAGCGUGUCCUCCAGUCUACCGGCGCCUCGCAAGUCAACAUCGGCGGGCACUCUCUUGGCACCAUUACCGCUGCCCACUACAUGAAGUUCAACGGUGGCGCGCCCUUCGUCAAGCACUUUGUAGGCUUUGCAGGAGUUUACAAGGGCACAACCCUGUGGGGUAUCAACAAUUUCGUAACCAAGAUCCCGUUCGUCAACGCCCUCGUGCGUAGCGUGUGCCAGUCAUGCACAGAACUGGUUACCCCGUCCGACUUCCUCUCGAAUCUGAACAACGGCCCGCUUGCGAUGCCGGGCGUUGACUACACCAACAUCGCGACGCGGACCGACGAGCUUGUCAUUCCCCCCAGCUCGGGCCACAUCGAAGAGCCCGGCGUCACCAAUAUUUGGCUGCAGGACAAGUGCCCCACUGAUCUCUCGGAGCACAUCCUGCUCGCCGUCGACCCCAACGUCCUCCAGAUUAUUCGCUGGGCCUUCGCGGGGAAGCCGGGGCCUUGGCCAACUGGGUGCAGUCUCACUGGCGCAUUCCCGUAAAGUGUGACUCGCGAGAAGAUAUAGUUAGUAACAGACGAGAUGCAGUUCGAAAGAAAGUUGAACCGG